AUGGCUGCUCUUAACAAACUUAAACGUAGCAGUGUUCAGCUACGACAUGCCGCAUUAGAAGUUUGUGAAAUGGCAGACUUUGUCAGGAAAGGUAGUGUACAGCUCGUUAAGCGCAGCAGUGUACAAUUUAAACAAGCUGCUAAAGAAGUUAAAGCGGCCGUUCGAGCUCGGCAUAUAGUCGCAGGACUUGUAGCAGUAGGUUUUGCCCUCUGCGGUGCAGUUGAAGUUAGUUCCUCGGUAGCAUUAUUAGCAAACCAAGAAGACAACCAUGCUAUCAUUGAUACAUCGUGGCAUUGUGAUAUGCUGGUUAAUAUCAGUAGUCGAAAUCGUACUGAAGAUUUUGAAGUAAUCCUUCUAGAAUUACCCCAAGAAGAACGUGCUGAGUCAAUCAUGAGAGAAGCAUUUCUAUGGGGUCAAGUAGCCGGUCCAAUCCUUGGUGGCUGUCUUGUUUGGGGAAGAUCUGGACCAUCAAUGGUUUUCUCUCGAGCUGUUCUAGGUGCUUGUUUAGCUUCUAUACUUGUACCCGCAGCGUGGAGAGGUCCUUCACAUGUUGCUUUACGACUUUUUCAAGGACUUUGCACAGGUGCAACAAUGCCAGCUGCUCAUAUGGACUCUCUGUGUUACGGAUUAGUAUUUAUAGCACUUUGUUGGUACUUUACAUUUGGUCACUUUGUAAAAGACACUCCAAAGUCGUAUCAACAUGAUACUACGGGAGCCGUAAUACCUUGGGGUAAAUUAUUGAGAUCUGUUCCGGUUUGGGCAUCCGCGGUCGCUACGAUGGGCAACCAGUGGGGUGAUGCUACCCUAGCACUUGGCAUGACUAAAUAUCUCAAACUUAUUUAUGGAUUUUCGACAGCAAAUAAUUCAGUAUUGACCACAUUGCCUCAUAUCGGUCACUUCAUGGCAGCUCUGACAUGUGGUCUUCUCGUUGACCACGUUCGCGAAUCAGGCAUUGUCUCGACGACAACUGCGAGAAAAUUGGUCGUCUAUACAGCUCAUUUCAUACCUGCUGCAUUGUUGUUCGUCGCCGGAUACGCGGGUUGUCAAGCUCUUGGAGCAGCUUGGUUGGGAAUAGCCGCACUACUAAUCGCUGGGUCAUGGCGCCUCGUAUUUGGCGUAGCAUCGCUGGUUCUUUUAAUUACCGCAGCAGUUUUCUUGGCCUUAGGAAAAGGCGUACCUCAACCGUGGAUUCCUUCAGUCGCACGUCCACGGAGUCACGAUGUAAUUUAUGAACAAGACGCAUUCGAAUUAGACUACGAAGACGUUGCUGUACAAACAGAGCCCUACAACUCUUACUCUCUUGACGAAGAUAUCGAGAGUAACAGUAAAGACAUACCACGAUCGACAUCAAUCCAAUCAAAAUUAUCAAUCGCGACAUCUACUAAAUGA